AUGCUGCGCAUCCUCACCCUCGGCUGCGCCGCGUCGGCGCUGUCCGGCGGCAAGGGUUGGGUCGGCAAGGCGGCGGAUCUGUUGCGGCAGAAGGCGCCGCCCUCGGCGCUGGUGCUGGACCGCGCGCCGACCUGGGAGGCGCUGGCGGCGAGCCUCGAGGCGCAGUCGACGACGGAGGAGGCCGGUUUCGCGUCGCUCGUCGCGUCCGGCCGCGGGCCGCCGAGCGCGUCCGCGAACCUGCGGCUCUUCGACGAGCCGGACGGCUACGAGCCGCGCGUCACCCUGUACCGCGACGGGUCGAGCUGGUGCCCCUACUGCCAGAAGGUCUGGAUGCAGCUCGAGGAGAAGCGCAUCCCCUACAGGGUGGAGCGCAUCAACAUGCGCUGCUACGGCUCGAAGCCCGCGUGGUUCGAGCGCGACGCGGGCGGCCUGCUGCCGGUCGUCGAGCUCGACGGCCGGCUCAUCACGGACAGCGUGUCCAUCAUGCUCGCGCUGGAGCGCGAGUUCGGCGGCGACAGGUCGCUGCUCCCGCCGGGCGGCGUCGACGACAUCCGCGACCUCAUGGGCCUCGAGCGGGAGCCUGUGCGGCAGCUCGGGUCCGCGUGGCUGGGCUGGCUCCGCGCGCCCCCGGGCGUCGGCGGCGGCGCGCGGUCGACCUUCGAGGGCCAGCUGUCGCGGGUCGACGGGUUCCUGAGGUCCACGGCGGGCGGCUUCUUCCUCGGCGAGGAGCUGAGCCUCGUCGACCUCCUCUUCUGCUCGUUCCUCGAGCGCGCGGAGGCGUCGUUGCUCUACUACAAGGGCUUCCGGGUCCGCGACGCCGAGGCCUACCCGGGCGUCGCGGCGUGGUUCGACGCCAUGGAGUCGCGGGCGUCGUUCCGGGCGUCGCAGUCCGACUACUACACGCACGCGAUGGACCUGCCGCCGCAGCUCGGCGGCUGC